AUGGGGAAUCUGCCUGGCCGGGAGAAGCCGCUCAGCAUCGCAUCAGCAUCUGCUGACACCACACAGCCCCCGCUGCCGGCCCAGGCAGCCCCCAGCAGUUUCCAGGCCCUGGCCCUCUGUGACUUCCCCUCCGGUGCGGGGAUGGCCGCUGUGCUGAGGAUGGGGGAGCAGCUCCGCAUCCUCUCCGAGGACGGCGAGUGGUGGCUGGUGGUGUCCGAGGUGUCUGGCAAGGAAUGCCACGUCCCCAGCAGCUGUGUGGCCAAGAUCAGGCACGGGUGGCUGUACGAGGGCGUCAGUCGGCAGAAGGCGGAGGAGCUGCUGCUCCGUCCAGGCAACCACAGCGGGUCCUUCCUGAUACGGGAGAGCCAGACCAGGCGAGGAAAGAAAAUGUGGUAUUUACUGUUACCUUGUCUGUUCAAACAGGACCUUGUUCUGGGUACCUGUGGCAGGUUUUACCCAGAACAAGAGCUGUACCUAGUUCCUUCACAAGAGCUGCUGUGCACCCUGAAGGAUUAA